AUGUCUUCGGACCCAAAACCACAAGCGCGCAAGCGUGGUCGGCCCGCAAACGCGACUAAAUCUCCUACUACCAGCGCGUCGCGAGAUCGUCCCGACGAGUACGAAGCCGAUAACGAAGAACCUGUGCUACCGAAGCAGCGAGGGCGACCAAUGAAAUUGGCGCAAGAGAAUGCGACGGAAGAGAUAGUAGCUAAGGAAGGCAAACCUCGAAAGAAGCGCGGCCGACCAUCUCUGGAAGAUAAGAAUACGGAAAAGCGAGAAGAAGAUGCGCCACUACCGAAGAAAAAACGCGGUCGGCCCUCGCUGGAGAGAAAUCAGGACGAACAAGAACCAGAACCGCAAGCAGUGGAUGAGAUGCCACGGAAACGAAAGCGCGGUCGUCCUUCACUCGGAAAGAACAAAAAUAACGAUAUGCCUGAGCCUGAGCCUGAGCCUGACCAGGAAGGCGUAGAAGAGGAGGCGCAAGCGAAGAAGACGCGCGGCCGUUCUAAGACGAACCGGAAUAUCGAAGAUCUGGAGCAGCAAGCAGAAGGAAAUGAAAAGCAACUGAAAAGAAAACGUGGCCGACCCUCCCACGAAAAGGUUCAGAAUGAUCAAGAACCUGUGCAAGAAGUAGCACAAAAUUCUGAGAACCCACAAAGCAAGAAAAAGACAAAGGGAAACCAAGUAGAACAGCCAGAUGAGCAGCAAGAGGAACUUGAGCCAGAGCCCGAAGAAUCCCAACCAGCUCAUCGCAAGAAGCGCCAACGCAAAGCGCCAGAACCCGAACUAGAGGAACAAGAGCCAGAGGAAGAGGAACAGCAGGUCACGCGGGACUCACGAAACUCUCUGGAUAAUGCCAGGGGAGAUGUAAAUAAGAAGGGGCGCAAGGCGAAAAAGUCCAACAAGACGACUCGCGCAUCGCAAGAAAUCGCUGAGGAUCAGCAACCCGAUGAACCUACCAAGAAGCGCGGACGACGAAGAGGGGGGAAGCCGCCAGCUGACGAGGCCGAUGAGCCUGAACCUGAACCUGAACCAGAACCCGAACAACAAGGACAGCAUAACAAGAAGAAGCGCCGCAACAAGAACGACGUGCCAUCCGAUUUGGAUGGAUCCCUUCCCUCCCCACCAAAACCGUAUCUUCACAUCGCCCCUUUCAAGCGCACCAUCCGCUCCUCCCAUAUCGCUGUCAAGUGGUCUCCCCUAACCGGAUCAUCACUCCCCGCAGCAACAUCCAUCCUCGCGCUCGCUCAACGGCCCAUUCUCCAGCGAACAGCCACAACCCGCAACCGACGUGACCAUGCGACCGCGGCCCUGAACCUCGUUUCUCGCCGUAUAGAGCGCAAACUCGACCGCGGUGUCCCCUUCCCAGCUGCGUCAUCAACGACGAGUACUCGGCGCCGCGCAGAUGCAGAUGGGGGUCGCGCGAUGGAGCUUGAUUUUGAAGCAGUGCUUGAUGGAAAACAGGCGUUGGAGAGACAGCUCCACCCGGCAAAGCAUGCGGUGGGGUUGUUGAAGGUCGAAAGGGAUAGAAUGGAAAAAGAGCUUGAGAAUGACUAUGAGGUGUUGAGAGGCUUAGAGGCAAACGCGAGAGCGCAGACUAGAGAGCGCAAGGAUUUGUUCCGGAAAGCGCAUGUUCUGGCACCAAUCUUACCACCUAAGAACCAGGGCCAUGAUACACAAUUCGUGACCAACAAAGAUGAGGGGAGUCUCAAAGAACUUCUUGAAACACCCCUCGAGCCUCUUGCGCUUCAACUUGCCGGCCACGUUGAUAGCAUCCGUGGAAACCUUCAGCAGGCUGAGGGUGUCACACCGCAACUCAACCGUACAAAGGCAGCGUUACAAGACGUGUUGCAGGAGUAUUUGGACAGUGAUAUGUAUGAGCAGGUUCUCCUCGGAUAA